CGAUACACACACUAUUUGCAAAAUAAUAAUUCCUCGCUUCUUCUAUUAUUCACUCGCUCACUCGCUCGCUCGCUACAACAGAUUGCCUUCACAAGUCAAGUACGAAAAUAUUUCAGAUUUCUAACCAUUCUCAACUGAAAAAAUAAGAAUUCAAAAUUCUAACCUCCGGGCACAGCAGAGAGGAGAACGUGCUUGUUCAAGGGAAAUUAGUGCAAAUUUUUGCAAAUUUGUCCUCGCGUGUGCAAAUAAAAUUACGGGUCGGCUGGGAGCACAUCAGAUCAGGUCACUCUCCUAGAAGUUAGUGAUUCCAUUGUGUUAUUUCUCGUUCAGGACAAAAGUGCUCUGCGGAUGAAGGUUGAAUUUUGACUCGUGGUCGUGCAUCGCGCAUCGCUUUUUUGUUUGUUGUUAUUGUCUCCACAGCUUUGUCAAAACUUGUCAUCGUCGUCAUUCCAGUACAUGUCUGGGAAUAUUUAUUCAAGAAGAUUGAUGGUGAACUGUAUUUAGUGUGGUUAUUCAAGUGAUUCUCUGUGACCUGAACUGUUCGCGUACCGUCGGGUAUAACGUAAAAAAUAAAUCCAACAAGUUCUUCACGCAUCUCUCUCCGGGAUCUUGGACAAUUUUAAUUUUUCCAGCUUUAUUACUUCAAUUGUGUUCGAGUUCCGUUACCCGAAUUCUUUUGCUUUAAUUUCCUUCGGAUCAAGUUCUGAGGAUUACACGCUGUCGUUUUCUUUGGGAGGAGUUUUAGUGCUAACAAAUCGUCGCUGAUAUAUUUAUCUCUGUGUCAUCAUUGCCUCAGAGAUAAAACUUGAACUUGAAAACGUUCUUCGAGCUGACACUGAAAUGCCAACAAAAAGUAACAAUAUGUCACCAAUGCCAAUGCAGUCGAAGAUUGGAGAUGCGUCGUUAAAGUUUGGUCCGGACUGGCUGAGAGCUCUGUCUUCUUCGGAGAACACUGGGGGUCCAAGCAGCACUUCUCCAGGUGGAGACGGUGUGGGUGGUCCACCUCCUCGCGGAUUCGGAUUUUCCGGUUGGGGUCCAGGACCCGAAGGUCGUUCCGGCUUUCAUUCCAAUUCCAACAAGGAUCAUCAACAUCACAACUACUCGGCCGCGGCGGCAGCAUUUUCCUCUCCCCCGUCCUCGUCCUUCCAUCCCGUGUCCUACCAUCAGUCUCCACGAGGAGGGGGAGAGGCAAACAAGGGGACGGGCAUACCUUCAAAUCCGAACCGAUUCAAACAAUCAGAACAUCGAUACAGCCGGGAGGAAAUGCUGGCUCUCUACGACAAGAACUUGGAAUCUCCCGAGUUCUUGCUGACCUUUGGGACGCUGUACAUUGAAAAGAUGCAACCACCUCUGGCAUUCUCGCAACCAUCGGAAGAAGAAAUUAGAAUAUGGCAUAUUCCUCAACCUGAAUCAUCUAGACAAGGCCCUGGUGGUGCAGCUCCGAUCGGACGAGGUUACGCUACUCGCGGACGGGGUGGUGGAAUCGAUCGUGGACGUGGUCGUGGUCGCGGAAGUUAUUCGACCUAUGGUCCGAGAACACAUGAAGAGGAAGACCCUCGUAGUUCUUUUUCCAGACCAAGAAACUUUGAAAGAUCUCAAAGUAAUCAUGAGAGAACUGCUUGGGGAGAUCGUAAUGGGGUUGUGGGAAGUGUGGGUGGACCACCCGGUGUCGCGGGGCCGGAGGAGAGUAACCGUGGGGGUGGAAGUUGGAGGAGUCGAGAAAGCUUUGGUGGACGACGGGUGUCGGAAGAGGGGACGAAUGACGAUGGUUGGCGUAAACCAAGAUGGCGUAGGGGAGACGAGGCGGAGGACGAAUAUAGGUCGGGUAGUAACUCUAGAAGGCUUCAUCGCAGCUGGAGUGAAGAAGAGAAUCACGACAACAUACCUGAAUGGGCGCGAGACAAUCCUUCGGAGGAAAGCGGCACGUUCGACUCAAGCGGCGCAUUUCACGGAGAGGAUCGCAGUAGUAAAAGUAGUAGAGAGACAGACAAUAGAAAAGGAGGAGAAAACAGUGGCGAUAGCAAUAGUGGUAAUAGUUUGUUGAAAUCCAGAGGUGAAUCUGAGCACUUAGGAUCUCAUUCUGACAGAGUACAAAAGAGGGUGCAAGAUAGAACCGAAUCUGUCAAACCUGUGAUCCCUGCCUCGGUGAAAGAAGAAGCAGAAAACAACGCCGGAGACGACCAUGACGAAUACUCGUCGUCCUUAUCCAAUAACAGAACGAGUCGAGACCGUGACCCUUUCCUGACCCUGUCCAACUCCUCCCAUCAACAGCAGCAGCAGCAACAACAACAACAAUAUCACCAUCAGGGAUCCAAGAAUAGUAUUAUAAACAUUCAGAAGCAGUUACUAGAGUCGGAAUCCCAUGAUCGUAGCGGACACCUUAUUGGCCUAUCGUCGUCCGAAUCACAUCACAUUCAACGUGUUCAAACGGUGCAGCACCAAAUGACGGCGUCCUCCCACGACUCCAGAUCACAAUUACUGCAUGCUCAGUCUCUGGUUGAACGGGCCGCAUCUGGUCAUGGUCUUCACGGAGGCGAACUCAGAGCUUCCUCCAACACCAACGAGUCGAAUAUGCCCUCUCUCAACAAUGAAGACGAUCACUAUAGAAGCAUGACUGAAGAAGCAAUGAACCUGGUUUCGAAACUGAUUGAAGAAGACACUCUCGCAUCCCGGCGACUUCGCGGACCGAGUGGCAACAACGCCAUGUCGCAACAACAGCAACAACUACUUGCCAGUCUGUCAGUAGCGGAAACUCUGUCAUCCAGCGGUGGAAACAAGCAGCAACAGCAGCAGUCGUCCCAUAAUGAUCUGUCCCGAUCUGGUCCUGGAGGGGGAGGACAUCACCCUUCACAGAAUAUUCCAUCACAAAAUACAACAACCAAUGUGACUGUCCAUCAACCAGCCAGCUCCCCCUCAGGAUCGAUGGAAGUUUGGUUUUAUCGUGAUCCUCAAGGCAGUGUUCAAGGGCCGUUUAGCACACAUGAGAUGGGUUUGUGGUGUUCUCAAGGCUACUUCUCAGGCUCACUCCAACUUCGAAGAGAAUGUGAUAAGAUUUUUAUCACGUUGUUGGAAAUGGGCAAAGUAUAUGGAAGAAAUCCAUUCGCUGUUGCCGAUUCUUCCCCGCCACCACCCCCAAUUCAGGACCCCAAUGCAUCCAGUGCCUUAGACCACAGUAGUCAAAUUCAAGCUCAACUUCACCAACAAAGGCAACAGGCCCUUUUGCAACAGCAAAACCUGAUGAGGGAACAGCAACAGUAUAUGAUGAACCUCAACCACGGUGGGGGUGGUGCCAUUCGUAAGGAGCAACAGGAUCCUAGCUGGCAUCAACCACAGAGCUCAAGUAUUCCUCCAGUUGUUGCCCCGCAGCAAACUCGGUCAGCCUCCAACUCGUCCCUUUCCUCUGAACAAAUUCAAGCCCAAUUACUAAUGAGCAUGGCUAAAUCUCAAGGGUUGGAUAGAGAUCAAAGUGCAAUGGAUCAAUUGCAUGCAUUAUAUCAGCGGCAGCUCAAGACCGCUGGCAAUGAAACGUUACAAAGUCAAAACAAAAAUAAUUUUUCAGACUUGAUGGGAAAUUCACAAAGCACCCCUACUAUGGAUGUCGCCUCUAAUAAAUCGUCCUCAGCUGUGGUCAAUGAUCCUAUUCAGUCUUUAGUUCAACAGUUAACAUCUAUGGCAAAUACUCAGCACAAGAUUAUCUCCACACCCAGUAAGCCUCCUGAUGUGAUAAGCCCAUGGGGACAGACUGGCAAUUCUUCAGUUCAGCAACAACAACAGACGCCUCAAGUCCAAAACCAAUGGGGUGCCGCUCAGCCAACCCAGACCCCGUGGGAGUAUAGGGAACAAAUGGCGAAAUUGCAAGAGGAAGAAUUGCGUCGGCGAAAAGAAGAGGAGGAAGCGGAGCGUAAAAGACUGGAGGAGGAGGAACGUAAACAUUUAGAAGAUAAGCAAAGGAUAGAACAUGAACGUAAACGCCUGGAAGAACAGCAACGAAUGGAGGAAGAGAAACAACGGAAAAUUCGCGAGGAACAGUAUUUACUCCAGAAGCAGCAACAAGAAAUACUGCGGAAACAACAAGAGGAAGCUGAAUUUCAACGUCUUAAAGACCUCCAAAGACAACAGUUGGAACAGCAACGCCAGCUUAGAGAUGAGCAAACUAGAUUAGCCGAAGAACAGCAAAAGCUUGAGGAACAAAGACUGGAGAAGGAGCGUAAGGAACAGGUCGCAGCUGAACGUGAAGUUAAGCUUCGUCAAGAACGAGAACGUGAAUUGAAGCUCCAACAACAAGCCCAAUUCUCGUGGAAUACUGCUACCGUCCAACCUACUCAAAAUAUGGCAGGUGGUGUUGCUGGAAGUGGUGGAUCCAAAAGUCUGUUAGAGAUCCAACAAGAAGAAGCAAUAAAGCAAGAAAAAGAACAAGCGAGCCAGAAGAAAAAGGCACAACAAGAACAGCUCCGACAACAACAAGCUCAACAGCAGAAAGCCAUCAAUUUAAAAUGGGUCGCCAACGCUGGUGCGGCUCCAACGAAACAGGCUCCAAUCAAAUCUUUGACUGAAAUCCAGGCAGAAGAACAAGCAAAGCUGCAAAAGCAACAAGACCAAGAGCGUGAGAAGCGGGCCAUAAUUAAUCAACAGCAGCAAAAACAAGCUGUGUGGAGUGCUCAGCUAACUUGGGCUGAUCGAGCCCUGGCAGGUACUGGGGGUGGAAGUAGUAGUAGCAGUGGGACUAGUGCCAAGAAAGUGAACGGUGGAGUAUGGGAUGACUCUAUGGCCUCGAUGGCGUCGAAACUGAAAGGAAGCAAUAAUCCUCUCCCCUCUUCUGUCCCUUCUUCUUCUUCAAGCAAUAACAACAAUCGUGGACCAGCCGGCGGAAAAAAGACCAAAGAAAUUUCGGAUGAUUCCUUCAUGAAGUUAUUUUCUGUUCAACAAGACGGCGCCGCUACGAAUCAGAAAGGUGGAAGCAACCGACCAAAGAUGACACAACAGGCCGCUGAUGAGUUUACUCGCUGGUGCUCAGAUAGAAUUCAGGCCAUUGCUUCCGGUUCCGUGGACAUCCCCACAUUCGUGUCCUUCCUCAAAGAGGUUGAAUCUCCCUACGAGGUGGGAGACUAUGUUCGGUCGUAUCUUGGCGAUGGGAAGGAAGCCAAGGAGUUUUCGAGAGAAUUCUUGGAACGGAGAUCCCGUUGGAAGAAUGCACGCAAGGGGGACGGAUUAACUUCCUCAAUGGAGGAUAAUUUGUGCCGGCCUGCUUCCGCCAUCAACCCCAAUUCGAACGAGUUUCAAGAAGUCAAGGCAAAAGGAAAGAAAACCAAAAAGAAUAAGAUGCAGAAGGUCGACUCACGAAUUUUGGGCUUUUCUACUUCUACUGUGACUGAUCGCCUCAGUCGGGAGUACUGCGAUUCUACCGACUAAUUGAACAAGACCAAAAUCUACCUUAAAUCCCUCACCACACACACACGGCCAAUAUGAACAAUACGUAUAUCAUCUUUACAGAAGAACAGGAUAAGAAUCAUGUCUGUAUGCACAACUCCACCGUCAAAAUCGAUACAAAUGGAUUUUGUAAAUCUCCAAGAAAAUGUAAAAAGGUCGCAAUUGUUGAGGCGACCCAAAUUAUAAGCGUUAAAGGCCGUCUACAUAUAUAUUAAUAAAAGGAACUGUUUGUUAUGCGAGAUUAUAAA